UCUUCCCUCCCCUCUUCCCCCCACCCCGCUCCCCUCUCUCUCUUCCUCUCUGUGUCUUUGAGGAAUCGAAAGGAGAGGACGAAAACAUAUUGUAACAGCAAUCGGCAGUGAGAACGCAGAUUGCGGAAAAGGUUUCGUUUCUCGAGUGAUUUCUUGAUUAUUCUUUUGUUGGUUCUUGGUGCCCAAUCUUUCCCUGUAACAGGAGGGUAUUGUUUCGUUGUUGGGAUGGAAGAAAAAUAAGUUCUUCUGGAUGUUCUGGAAGCCGUGAAGGAGGCGUUUGUGUGGGUGAAGAGAGGAAGAAAUAGGGGGUUUGAUCGAUGUUUUUAUCGCGUUUUCUGUGAGAAAAAGGGAAAAUUCUUUGGGGCCUGGUUGAUUGGUGCUUUGGGUGGUUUUUCUGUUGAGAAAUCCGAUCUUUUUGCUGGAUUUUGGGUUCUCUUGAAAACGUAAGAACAGCUAGAUCGAAACCGCACCAGUCAGUGGAAGCAUUGAUGCCCAUUUGAGUUUUUCCGAUCGCAGGCUAGGAAUACGCGGCUAAGAAUCGGUCUUGGCGCCGCCCCCUGGUCGAGAACCGGUCCAGAAGAAGUGGGUUUUGUUUGCGAUCGCUUCGGUCCUAGUCCUGCCUGCGUGCUUUUGUCGCCGGAGCUGUCUCUCGCUGCCAUGGCUGACUCGUCCGGGUCGCUUGAUUACUGGAGAAAGUUCUUCCGCAGUGCUAAUUCCGACAUCUUCGAAGUGAUAGAGCAUGCCGUCCUCGUCGCGGCGUCGGACUACCCCGAAGAAUUCAGGAGUAGGAGGGAUCGGAUGGUGGAGAAUCUGUUCACCGUGCUGCUGCCAAGGUGCUUCGGGUGCGACCGUGUCGCUGAGGGGGAGGAGGGGAACGCCAGCGUCAAGAGGGACGGAGAGAAGGAGAGCAAAGUGGAUAGCAACAACGUUGGGCCCGAGGACCUGAACCGGAUUGUGAGCAACUACAGCUUCGAUGAAGCCGAGGCGCUCACAGAGGAGAUGGAAGAGGAGGGCCAAAUCGUUGGGGAGGUUCUGAGGAUAAAGGAGAUCUUUGCCAACCAUCAUGAUGAGUCUGAGAGCACACUGUUUGAGUCACUAAGGAGGCUGCAGUUGAUGGAACUUUCUGUCGAACUACUGAAGGCAACUGAGAUUGGAAAAGCUGUUAACGGUCUACGGAAGCACAACUCUAAGCAAAUUCGCCACCUUGUUCGGACUCUCAUUGAUGGUUGGAAGGUUUUGGUUGAAGAAUGGGUGAGAGCUACAGCUGCCAUUGCAGUUACAGAUAACUCUCCUGACAAUGAAAAUCCUCCUAUUGAAGACGAGGAAGGGCUCCCAUCCCCUCCUUUGGAUGAGGGAGCUCUUUUUGCCACUCAAACUACUUCCAUCCAGCUCUCAGAGUUCUUCGAUGGAAUGGAUGAUGAUGGAAAUUUCAGAACUAAUGGGGAGUUUGAGAAGCAGUGGAAAAAUGGAAGGAUGCUUAAAGAAACUGAUGAACCAGAGAGGAAACAACAGCCUGUCAUUCCAAAAGAGAAGGGGGAGGCAAGGAGGCAAGAAUUAGUCAUUAAACCAGCAAAGCCACAGGAGCACUUGGUUAGAGAAGCAAAGCAUGAAAUUAUUGUAAACAAGCAAAGCAAGCCUGUGAUGUCUGGGCCUGGCAGACAACUAAAACUAGCCUCCAAUCAGAAAGCUCACAGCGAGAUGAAAACUAAACAGCAUCAAGACAAUGCUGGAGUUCAGAGGAAGCCAUCGGUGGUUUCACUAGAUAAAACAAGGAACUCAGAGGAAGCCUUAAUACAAGCUAAGCUAGAAGUGGCAAAGAGGAAGCUUCAUGAAGGUUACCAGCUAGCGGAAAAUACAAAAAAGCAGCGAACGAUACAAGUAAUGGAGCUGCAUGAUCUACCAAAACAGGCACACAAUAGGCAUCCAAUUCUGAAAUCCAGAAACCAGAGUAGGAGUUGGGCAAGUGGUCGGCACUAGUCAUGUUAAUUCUCCAAGUGGAUUGCCAACUUACAGCUCUGAGCCGACCCUUUUUCUCCACGUUGGAACAUCUGUGGCUUGUACUUAAGCGGGGAAUGACUACCUGCGUACCUUUCGCUCAAAAGCCCUGUCAGUUUUUUUAGAGCGAAAGGUACUCAGGUAGUCAUUCCCCGCUUGCUGUUGAAACUGUCUCCACCAGCUGAGCUCGGACAUGAAGGCUGUACAAACUUCUUUUUGUUUUGGGGAUUUUUCCCUAAAUGAUGACUUAGAAACCAUGAUUAUAUACUGCAAAAGAUGCUGGGGGUCUUACAAUAGAUAUAGAAACCCCGAGGACUCAAAAGAGUUCCAGAAUUGAGAAAACAUUUGGGACGCUGGAUUGCAUACUGACCUGGUCACAAUUCAUUGGUUGUUAUUAGAUAACAGUGUAUACAUGUCUUUAACAAAUCUUUGAUCAUUUUCCAUUUUAUGAUCAGUCCUGUUGCCUGAAUGAUGUAAAAGCAGCGCUUGCUUUACAAAAUGACAAUUAUUAUACCAAUGAUCAUAUUCCA